CUCACUACCAUCCCUUGGAUUUCCAAAUCCAUUUAAAAAAGACCUGUGCACAUCUCUAGAGCAGUUCAAUCUUCCAUCUUCCAUCUUCCACCUUCUUCAUCCUUCAAAUUUUAUCACUCGGGCUGAUUAAUCAUCCCAAUUCCCUGGACCGACACUCGAGGAGGCUGAUUGGGGCGGGUGAACGUCGAAAUGGACUUUACUAUUGCCGGCGCAUACCUAAGGCUUAUAUUUAUGGAGUGAGAAAAGAGACUGAAGAUUUGGACAUGUGGCAUAGGCAGUUAGGACAUUCGUCAGAUACAAUAAUGUCUUGGUUACCUGGUGUGAGUGAGUCUAAACAUGUUAUUUCUCACCCCUGUGAUAUUUGUUUUCAAGCCAAACAGGCUAGGGAUUCCUUUCCUCUUGGUAUAAAUAAUUCUACUCAUAAAUUUGAGCUGAUACAUUGUGAUCUAUGGGGCUCAUAUAACUCCCCUGCUUCUGGUGGCGCUAAACAUUUUUUAACCAUAGUUGAUGAUUUUUCUAGAGCAAUUUGGGUGUAUCUUCUUGUUGAUAAAACUGAGGUGUUUGCUAUGUUUAUGUCCUUUUGUGCUAUGGUGGAACGCCAAUUUUCCCAGAAAAUUAAAGUAGUACGCAGCGACAAUGGUACCGAAUUUAAUUGUCUUCGGGAUUUUUUUCGUGUAUCUGGCAUCAUCUUUCAG